AUGUCACAAGAGCAAGGCAAAGCACGGCCAUUUCCACGAGGCCUAAAUUAUGUUGCCCGACUUUGGCAACGAGUGAACGAUCGGACUGCUGCAAGUGAACAUCCUAGAACAUUGAAAUCCUCUACAUCCAAACCCAAGAAGGAAGACCUUGGAUUCCUGGAAUUGGUAUGCCCAGAGGAUCCCACCGUCGAUAUCAUAGCAAUCCACGGCUUGAAUGGUCACAGAGAAAAGACUUGGAUGACAGACGAUGGCGUUCUUUGGCUACGCCAAUUCUUGCCGUCCUCAUUGCCUCGUGCCCGUAUCCUGACCUAUGGCUACGACGCCGACACUCACAGUACGGAACUAUGCGCCGCCACGCCGUCGGUCUGGCUCUAUUUACGGAAGCGUAAAGAUGCUCCUCGACGCCCCAUCAUCUUUGUUGCUCACGAUUUGGGAGGCAUCAUUCUCAAAUGGGCGCUUGUCAUAUGCAACAAUGAGGACCUGGAAUCAAAAGACGGCCUACGAAAUAUCGUGGUAUCCACCCAUUCCAUCCUCUUCUUUGGAACCCCGCAUUCCGGCGUAGAAGAAACGCUCCUUAAGAAGAUCGUUCGCCUGGCAGCACCAUGUAUGGAAUCGACAGAAGUCAUUGCCAAGAACCUUCACGCUCACUCGGAUGAACUCGAAAACAUCCAGAGCUUGUAUCUCACCGCGAGUAAAAAGAUAAACAGCGUCUUCUUCUGCGAGGAAUACAGCACCGGAGCCGAAGAACAGCAGAUACAUCUGAAUGUUCCGUAUCACUCGGCGGUGAUCGCUGGCGAUCAAAACGCUAUUGCGAUCGUACUCCAUAGCGAUCACCAGAACCUUGUCAGAUUCCAGACGGAAGAGAGCGAAGAUUACCAAGCAGUUGCUUACUAUCUCACGGAGUGCGCUGAGAACGCCCCCGAUGCUGUGCACAAAAAAUGGUUUAUGGAGAAUAGCUUGCGCACCGUCGUGAAGGGAGGAACCAUCCCUCAACCAGACGAUGCGGUUUUCAUAUCUCAGAUGCCAAUAGUCGCCUUCGCCCCAUCUUCGGUCCAUACCACCUGUCUACAAGGAACUCGCCAGGUUGUCCUCGAGACAAUCUCGCAAUGGGCCGAUGGCGAUUCAUCAGAAAAACCGAUAUUCUGGCUAUGUGAUAUAGCUGGCUCUGGAAAAUCGACCGUCGCGAUGACUGUGAUGGAAAAGUGGAAGAAGCAGGGAAUCUUAGGUGGCGGAUUCUUCUUCUCCAUGGCAAGCAGCGAAGCCUCAAACACCGAAAGGUUUUGCUCGACCAUAGCGAGGGAACUCGCUCAACAUAUUCCUGAGCUUGGGACAUCGAUUGCCGAGGUCAUAAAACGGAAUUCCGCUCUCCUGCGAGCUUCGUUUGAUCAGCAGUUCCGAAUGCUCAUCACCGGUCCCCUCUAG